AUGAGCGGCGUCUUCGUACUGGCACGAGAUUGCACCCUGGUACCGAAAUGGCCUUUGGUGCCUCGUGAUGAUAAGGCGAGGGAAGGCAGCGCCUCGAUCCCUAGAAUAGGCAUCCUGACACCUACCCAUUAUUGGCAUGAUUCCCGUUUCGUUGAAGCUGUGAGGACAGCAGAAGCACUCCUCUUCGACUUUAUUAUUAUGCAGACAUUCCGCGGCAGGUCCGUACUGACAAGCACACUCGUUGAAUACAAGAGAUUCUCUCGAUCAUGUACGCCCUUCGGCGCAAGUAUCGAAGUCGCCGCUUUUGGAUAUCUGGCCGAUGGCGGCGGUUCUGGGCACAAGCAUAUGUUCCAUCACCAACUGCAGCAGUAUGCAAAGCGAGCAGCAGAGAACAACGAGAAGCCCGAUCUGGAACAGCUUCUAAAGCGAACCGAGGAAGACGAAGAGAUUGCUAGAGAGUAUAAGCGCCAGCUACCCGAUCUUGUAAGCGGCGUACUUGGAUCUUUGACUUGGAGUGUAUGCCCAGGUGUCAGGGUCCAUCACGUGCCUGAUGCCUGA